AUGAAGACUAUUCUGCUUAUUUUAUUAAGUGUGUAAAUCUUGUUAGCUCAGGAUCCUUGGGUAACUCAUUACACAGCAUUUACAUCAGCAGAAAUAAAUGAUUUGGAUGGUAAAGAGUGAUAAAUAUGCUUAGGUUGGGUUGUAAAGAAAGCAUUUAAAGGAAAUACCUUUAGUAAAUGUGAUAAAAUCAGUUUGGUUGGUGGUUAUGGAGCUUUUGGAAAAGGAGCAACAGCAUUAAAAUAAUUGAAUCUUCCUCCACAUUAUAAAUUAAAGAUUAAUGUGCAGUUAUGGAAGUAAAAAUUAAUUUAUAUAAUUAAACCUUUAGAAUUGACAGUUGGGAUAAUGAAAUUAUGUUUGUUUUGGUUGAUGGUUUCAUAUGGCAAGCUAAAUGGCAUUAUUCAGAGGGAGCAAAUUUAUGUGGAGCAGCAAAUGAUUGGAAAGAGGCUUUUUAUAAUAUUGAAUUUGAAGUUCCACAUAAUUCACCUACUGUAAGUAUAGUAUUAACAUCAAAUUUGGAUGAAGAUGCUUUGAAUGUAUAAAUAAUUAUAAUAAAUAUAAUAGGAAUCAUGGGCAUUUAGAGAUUUCAAAUUAUCAUUUUAAAGAUGUCAUCCAGAAUGUGCAGUAUGUGGUGAUAAUAAACCAGAUAAUUGUUUCUUUUGGACAAAUGUAGCUACUAAUUGGAAUAAAUAAAUUUCAUUAGAAGGAUGGACAUUAGAUGGAGAAGGAAAAGCUGAAUCAAAUGAAUGUGCAGGAGUAUAACUUUUUGGUGGUUUUGGGAAAUUAGGAAGAAAAGCUAAUUUAUGGAAGAGAUUCACAAAUUUACCUCCACACUUUUAAGUUAAGGUUAAGGUUUAAAUGUGGAAGAUUGAUUCUUGGGAUAAUGAAUUAUUUUUAAUGGAAAUUGAUGAUUAAGAAAAAUUCAGACAAGCAUUUGCUUAUAAUGAAGGAGUUGAUCUUUGUGGUGUUGAUACAGGUGCAAAAUAAGGAGAAGGAUGGGCUGAAAAAAUAGUUAAUAUUGAAAUUAAUGUUCCUCACAAAUUCCCUGAAGUAAAAGUCUUAAUGAAAUCAACAUUGGAUGAACCACCUGAAAAUGAAUCAUGGGGUGUUAGAGAUUUCUAAUUAUUUGCUGCUUAAUGUUUCAAAGGAUGUACAGGUUGUACUGGACCAGCAAAAUCUGAUUGUACUUCAUGUGGUUAAGGUUUUGAUUUAGUGAAUGGUGAAUGUAAAGAAGGAAGUAAUUAAAUUAAUAUAUAUAAUUAUUAGUUAAAUGGAUGACAUUGAAUAGAUUCUUCUUUAAUGAUGAAUAAGAUUUCUAAGGAUUAUAAGAUUGGAUUCCAUCAAAUGUAUUUUAAAAUUAAAAUCCAUUUUCAACUUGUGGUUAAAAGAAACUUUUUGGUGGUUAUUAAAGAUUUGGUGCCAGAGCUAAAGCUGAAAGAAAUUUCAAUCUUCCUAAACACUCUAGACUUAGAAUCUAAUUCUAAUUUUGGAAAGUUGAUUCAUGGGAUGAUGAAAAAUUCUAAUUAUUUGUUGAUGGCAAAGUUGUCUUUGAAAGAUCAUUUGGAUUUAGUACUCCAGGAUAAGCUAAAAUUUGUGGAGCUCCAUAAAGUACUUGGAUGACUUAUUUCUUCAAUGUUGAUGUCAUUAUUGAACACUCUAAUCCUACUGCUAAUGUUGUCUUAAGUUCUACUUUAGACUAAGGUGCUGAUGAUGAAUCUUGGGGUUUCAGAGAAUUUUAAUUACUUUAUGAAUUAAAAGAAGAUUGUGUUGAAUUGUAUACUGAAUGUGGNUGAAGAUGCUUUGAAUGUAUAAAUAAUGAUAAUAAUUAUAAUAGGAAUCAUGGGCAUUUAGAGAUUUCAAAUUAUCAUUUUAAAGAUGUCAUCCAGAAUGUGCAGUAUGUGGUGAUAAUAAACCAGAUAAUUGUUUCUUUUGGACAAAUGUAGCUACUAAUUGGAAUAAAUAAAUUUCAUUAGAAGGAUGGACAUUAGAUGGAGAAGGAAAAGCUGAAUCAAAUGAAUGUGCAGGAGUAUAACUUUUUGGUGGUUUUGGAAAAUUAGGAAGAAAAGCUAAUUUAUGGAAGAGAUUUACUAAUUUACCACCUCACUUUUAAGUCAAAGUCAAGGUUUAAAUGUGGAAGAUUGAUUCUUGGGAUAAUGAAUUAUUUUUAAUGGAAAUUGAUGAUUAAGAAAAAUUCAGACAAGCAUUUGCUUAUAAUGAAGGAGUUGAUCUUUGUGGUGUUGAUACAGGUGCAAAAUAAGGAGAAGGAUGGGCUGAAAAAAUAGUUAAUAUUGAAAUUAAUGUUCCUCACAAAUUCCCUGAAGUAAAAGUCUUAAUGAAAUCAACAUUGGAUGAACCACCUGAAAAUGAAUCAUGGGGUGUUAGAGAUUUCUAAUUAUUUGCUGCUUAAUGUUUCAAAGGAUGUACAGGUUGUACUGGACCAGCAAAAUCUGAUUGUACUUCAUGUGGUUAAGGUUUUGAUUUAGUGAAUGGUGAAUGUAAAGAAGGAAGUAAUUAAAUUAAUAUAUAUAAUUAUUAGUUAAAUGGAUGACAUUGAAUAGAUUCUUCUUUAAUGAUGAAUAAGAUUUCUAAGGAUUAUAAGAUUGGAUUCCAUCAAAUGUAUUUUAAAAUUAAAAUCCAUUUUCAACUUGUGGUUAAAAGAAACUUUUUGGUGGUUAUUAAAGAUUUGGUGCCAGAGCUAAAGCUGAAAGAAAUUUCAAUCUUCCUAAACACUCUAGACUUAGAAUCUAAUUCUAAUUUUGGAAAGUUGAUUCAUGGGAUGAUGAAAAAUUCUAAUUAUUUGUUGAUGGCAAAGUUGUCUUUGAAAGAUCAUUUGGAUUUAGUACUCCAGGAUAAGCUAAAAUUUGUGGAGCUCCAUAAAGUACUUGGAUGACUUAUUUCUUCAAUGUUGAUGUCAUUAUUGAACACUCUAAUCCUACUGCUAAUGUUGUCUUAAGUUCUACUUUAGACUAAGGUGCUGAUGAUGAAUCUUGGGGUUUCAGAGAAUUUUAAUUACUNAAUAGGAAUCAUGGGCAUUUAGAGAUUUCAAAUUAUCAUUUUAAAGAUGUCAUCCAGAAUGUGCAGUAUGUGGUGAUAAUAAACCAGAUAAUUGUUUCUUUUGGACAAAUGUAGCUACUAAUUGGAAUAAAUAAAUUUCAUUAGAAGGAUGGACAUUAGAUGGAGAAGGAAAAGCUGAAUCAAAUGAAUGUGCAGGAGUAUAACUUUUUGGUGGUUUUGGGAAAUUAGGAAGAAAAGCUAAUUUAUGGAAGAGAUUCACAAAUUUACCUCCACACUUUUAAGUUAAGGUUAAGGUUUAAAUGUGGAAGAUUGAUUCUUGGGAUAAUGAAUUAUUUUUAAUGGAAAUUGAUGAUUAAGAAAAAUUCAGACAAGCAUUUGCUUAUAAUGAAGGAGUUGAUCUUUGUGGUGUUGAUACAGGUGCAAAAUAAGGAGAAGGAUGGGCUGAAAAAAUAGUUAAUAUUGAAAUUAAUGUUCCUCACAAAUUCCCUGAAGUAAAAGUCUUAAUGAAAUCAACAUUGGAUGAACCACCUGAAAAUGAAUCAUGGGGUGUUAGAGAUUUCUAAUUAUUUGCUGCUUAAUGUUUCAAAGGAUGUACAGGUUGUACUGGACCAGCAAAAUCUGAUUGUACUUCAUGUGGUUAAGGUUUUGAUUUAGUGAAUGGUGAAUGUAAAGAAGGAAGUAAUUAAAUUAAUAUAUAUAAUUAUUAGUUAAAUGGAUGACAUUGAAUAGAUUCUUCUUUAAUGAUGAAUAAGAUUUCUAAGGAUUAUAAGAUUGGAUUCCAUCAAAUGUAUUCUAAAAUUAAAAUCCAUUUUCAACUUGUGGUUAAAAGAAACUUUUUGGUGGUUAUCAAAGAUUUGGUGCCAGAGCUAAAGCUGAAAGAAAUUUCAAUCUUCCUAAACACUCUAGACUUAGAAUCUAAUUCUAAUUUUGGAAAGUUGAUUCAUGGGAUGAUGAAAAAUUCUAAUUAUUUGUUGAUGGCAAAGUUGUCUUUGAAAGAUCAUUUGGAUUUAGUACUCCAGGAUAAGCUAAAAUUUGUGGAGCUCCAUAAAGUACUUGGAUGACUUAUUUCUUCAAUGUUGAUGUCAUUAUUGAACAUUCUAAUCCUACUGCUAAUGUUGUCUUAAGUUCUACUUUAGACUAAGGUGCUGAUGAUGAAUCUUGGGGUUUCAGAGAAUUCCAAUUACUUUAUGAAUUAAAAGAAGAUUGUGUUGAAUUGUAUACUGAAUGUGGAUUUAAGGGAACAAAAUAUGAAAUUUGCAGAGAUACUCCAUCACUUGCUAGAGUAAUAUAUAUUUAUAAAUAAAUUUUAGGAAAAAAUAAGUUAAGUUAAAUCAAUAAAGAUUCCUCCUGGAGUUAUUGUCUAAGGAUUUGAUGAAGAAGUUUACAAAGGAAAAAAUGUGAAGUUUUCAUCAAGUUAAGAUUGUUUAGAAGAAAUCUAAUUUUCUUUCAUCCAAAAAAAAUUUGAAAUAAUUCAAGCUGAUGAUUCUGUCCUUGCUGCAAAUUUAAGACGUAUCAGAUUUGAUUGAU